UUAGUCUUAGCCACGCAGAAGUCGGGUUUCUGGUUUGUUUCGACGCCGGACCGCGUAAGAGACGAUGAUGUUGGGCACCGAAGGCAGAGAGGGAUUCGUGGUGAAGGUCCGGGGCUUGCCCUGGUCUUGCUCGGCCAAUGAAGUGCAGAGGUUUUUUUCUGACUGCAAAAUUCAAAAUGGGGCUCAAGGUAUUUGUUUCAUCUACACCAGAGAAGGCAGACCAAGUGGCGAGGCUUUUGUUGAACUUGAAUCAGAAGAUGAAGUCAAAUUGGCCCUGAAAAAAGACAGAGAAACUAUGGGACACAGAUAUGUUGAAGUAUUCAAGUCAAACAACUUUGAAAUGGAUUGGGUGUUGAAGCAUACUGGUCCAAAUAGUCCUGACACGGCCAAUGAUGGCUUUGUACGGCUUAGAGGACUUCCCUUUGGAUGUAGCAAGGAAGAAAUUGUUCAGUUCUUCUCAGGGUUGGAAAUCGUGCCAAAUGGGAUAACAUUGCCGGUGGACUUCCAGGGGAGGAGUACGGGGGAGGCCUUCGUGCAGUUUGCUUCACAGGAAAUAGCUGAAAAGGCUCUAAAGAAACACAAGGAAAGAAUAGGGCACAGGUAUAUUGAGAUCUUUAAGAGCAGUAGAGCUGAAGUUAGAACUCAUUAUGAUCCACCACGAAAGCUUAUGGCCAUGCAGCAGCCAGGUCCCUAUGACAGACCUGGGGCUGGCAGAGGGUAUAACAGCAUUGGCAGAGGAGCUGGCUUUGAGAGGAUGAGGCGCGGUGCUUAUGGUGGAGGCUAUGGAGGCUAUGACGACUACAAUGGCUAUAAUGAUGGCUAUGGAUUUGGGUCAGAUAGAUUUGGAAGAGACCUCAAUUACUGUUUUUCAGGAAUGUCUGAUCACAGAUACGGGGAUGGUGGCUCUACUUUCCAGAGCACAACAGGACACUGUGUACACAUGCGUGGAUUACCUUACAGAGCUACUGAGAAUGACAUUUAUAUUUUUUUUUCACCACUCAAUCCUGUGAGAGUACACAUUGAAAUUGGUCCUGAUGGCAGAGUAACUGGUGAAGUAGAUGUCGAGUUUGCAACUCACGAAGAUGCCGUGGCAGCUAUGUCAAAAGACAAAGCAAAUAUGCAACACAGAUAUGUAGAACUCUUCUUGAAUUCUACAGCAGGAGCAAGCGGUGGUGCUUAUGGUAGCCAAAUGAUGGGAGGCAUGGGCUUGUCAAACCAGUCCAGUUACGGUGGCCCAGCCAGCCAGCAGCUGAGUGGUGGUUAUGGAGGCGGCUAUGGUGGCCAGAGCAGCAUGAGUGGAUACGGUAACCAAGGAGCAAUGAACAGCAGCUACUACAGUAGUGGAAGCCGUGCAUCUAUGGGCGUGAACGGAAUGGGAGGGAUGUCUAGCAUGUCCAGUAUAAGUGGUGGAUGGGGAAUGUAAUUGAUCUAUCCUGAUCACUGACUCUUGGUCAACUUUUUUUUUUUUUUUUAAGAAAAAAAACUUCAGUUUAACAGUUUCUGCAAUACAAGCUUGUGAUUUAUGUUUACUCUAAGUGGAAAUCAGGAUUGUUAUGAAGACUUAAGGCCCAGUAUUUUUGAAUACAAUACUCAAUCUAGGAUGUAACAGUGAAGCUGAGUAAACUAUAACUGUUAAACUUAAGUUCCAGCUUUUCUCAAGUUAGUUAUAGGAUGUACUUAAGCAGUAAGCGUAUUUAGGUAAAAGCAGUUGAAUUAUGUUAAAUGUUGCCCUUUGCCACGUUACAUUGAACACUGUUUGGAUGCAUGUUGAAAGACAUGCUUUUUUUUUUUUGUAAAACUCAAUAUAGGAGCUAUGUCUACAAUUAAAGGUGAAACAUUUUGGCAUGUUCGUUAAUUCUAGUUUCAUUUAAUAACCUGUAAGGCACGUAAGUUUAAGCUUUUUUUUCUUUUCUUUUUUUUUUUUUUUUUUUAAGUUAAUGGGAAAAUUUUGAGACGCAAUACCAGUACUUUAGGAUUUUGGUCUUGGUGUUUGUAUGAAAUUCUGAGGCCUUGAUUUAAAUCUUUCAUUGUAUUGUGACUUCCUUUUAGGUAUAUUGCGCUAAGUGAAACUUGUCAAAUAAAUCCUCCUUUUAAAAACUG